CCCCUUGCGUCCCGUCUCCUUGGAAAUAUUAACAAACAUGGCGGAUUAGCUUUUAGUCUACUGUAGGAAAAAGUAAUUUCAGAAGAUAGCUUGCCAAGGAAAGGAUAUAAAGAGAGAAUUAAGGGGAAUAUGGAUGAGGAGAACAGAGAGAGUCCAGCUGGUGUGGCGUCAAACAGGUGUGGAUUGCUGGAUGUCCAUCUCAACACUGAUGAGGACAUUGAAAAUGAAGGUUCAGACCAGGAGACCUAUAAAGAUGAGGAGUCUGCUCUCCCUCCUGAUUUGGAGUGGUUAGAAGAACUGUAUCAAGACAAUGAUGGUGACCUUGCAGUUGUGACCGAUAAUGGUAAGAAGAGGAGUUAUGCCGAGACAGCACGGAUGUUCAAGCUAAGACGAAGCCUUGACCAGCUGGACUGCUUUUACCAACAGAAGGCUCUUGAUGUGCUGAAAGCCAGAGAAGCACUGAAACUCUGUCAUCAGAAUAUUGAAAGUUUGGUGGAGCAGAGGGAUAACUUAGAGAAAGAGAUAGAGCAACAGAAAGCAGAAGACAACAGUGUGGCAAUAAUUCGUUUACGAGCCCAGCAUAAGCAUCUGUGUCAAAAGCUGCACAGUGAAGAGGAGCUGGAAGGUCUGAUCAACACUGAGCUGAAGCAACAUGAACUGGAGCUGAGUGAGGUGGAGGUGGAGAUUGGCAGGGUCUCCUCACUCCGGCAGGAGGUGCAGGAGGAGGAGCAGGUCUUCCAGGCCCUUAAAGCUCAGAAGGCAGCAGCAAGGCUGCAACAGCAGAGGAAAGCCAACCUGAACCUGCAGCUCAAGAAGGAGCAUCUCAGAGAUAAACAGGCAGCCAUGAUGAAGACAGAGGAGAGUGAAUAUCAGAAGAAAAUUGAAGAGAGCCGCGUGAACCGCAAGAUAGCUGUCAAGUACUUGAAACAGAGCAUUAAAAGGAUACAUCAGCAACAGGCUGAGAAGGAACAGCAGGACAGGGAGUUACUGGAAAAGAGGAUACAGGCUGUCAGGUCACUAAAAUCUAACAUAGCAGCUGCACAAGAGGGCUUGCGGGCCCAACAAAGCAAAGCCAAAGCAAAUGCCCAGAAGAAAGAACAGCAACAGAGACAGCUAAGAGAAUCCCUGCAGGCCCAAGGCAUCAACAGUACCAAACAUAUGUACCAACAGAAGCAAAUAGAGAAAUUGAAACAAAAACAAGAGGAAUUUGAGAACAGGCAGAAGUCAAAGAGGCUGGCAAUUAUGGCAAAAAUCCUUCAGGAGGAACAGCUGGUAAAGAGCAGGAAGAAGCACCAGGUAUUACUGCCUAAACCCUCAGCUACUGACAAGUUGCCAUCUGUGGGGAGGACAAAAGAGAAGCUCCUAUACUACUUGGAUGCUAGCCCUCCAUCAGCCACAGAGGAGAAAGCCACAACUUUAAGACAGUUCAGUGACACCAGCAGUUCAUCGUCAGCUUCCUCUGACAUUGAGGACCAGGAGGAAACCAUGCUGCAGAAGAUGGUACACCAGAACCUUGCUGACAGCCUGCCUGAGCCCGAGUUCUCUGGGCUGUGGGACCUCGAAUACGAGAAGCUCCUGAAUGAAAAGACUACAUUAAUGCAGACAGAUGUAAAUCAGAAAGAACCUCACAUGGCUGUUGGCAAGUUCAGUGUUCCUGCUAAAAAGGUUCAUGGAAAAGAGUUCAAAGGUCCUCCGUUUAUCAGUAAACCAGAGGGCAUCCUCUUCAAGGAUUUUGAAGUGGGGAAAAUGUAUAAGAAGAAAACUGUCCUGACUAACAUCACUUACAACACUAGCCACUGCAAGUUUCUUGGGGUCUCCACUCAGCUAAAGGAUUUUAUCUUUGUCAGCUUUGACCCUCCUGGUUCUUUAUCUGCUGGGAUGUCCUUUGAAAUACAGAUUGUUUUCCAACCUAUGAUCAAUGAGGAACUGGAAGGAGAGGUCCACUUUGCAUCAACACUGGGUCCUUUCUCUGUGCCCGUCAGAUGCACCGUGAAGAAAUGUGAUAUGGAGGUUGACAGUCAGUUCAUUGACUUUGGUUCACACGUGGUGGGCCAGACUAUUUCGCGGACCAUAACUUUGACCAACAAGGGUGCACUGGCCACACUCUUCAGCCUGGACACCUCCACAUCUCUCAGUCCAGAAACUAGCCAUGUCCAGAUGCCAUCCCAGGUCUCUGCAAACUCAUGCCAGGAGACAAGUAGUCAAAACACAACAUCUGACAACGAGAAGAGCUCUGCAUCCAUGGAUGCUGUGCAACUUCAGCCAGAGCAAGAGAGUCAGAAGCUCUCUGAGGCAUCACAACAAGAGCAACCAGUGUCAGAGGCUUCAGCAGCACAUCCAGAAGCUAUUUCUGAGGCUUGUGUGCUCACUGAUGUGGACGCUCAGGUAGAUGAGAGCCCCCAAGACUCCAGUGACAUAAGUCUAGGAAAUGUUAGAAAGGGGGAGAUUGGACCUUUUGAAAGCAUCAAACUAGAAGUUCUUUUUACUCCAACCAUUCCAGGAGAGGCCAAACUGGAAUUCCACAUCAAGUUCUCUGACUUAUCCAGCAAACCAAUACCCAUCAAUGUGAGGGGUGUUGCAGUCAGUGCUCCUGUAUGGGUCGUUCAGCCCAGCAUUGAUUUGAAGAUCUGCAUGUUUGACUGUGUCUAUCAAGACAGUGUCGUUUUCCAAAGCAGAGCCAGCACAGCCUUGAGGCUGACCUUUCAGUUGUGCCCGGAAAUGAGGAAGCACAUGGAGAUUCUACCAAAGACUGGCUUCAUACAGGCUCAGUCAAGCUUUAACGCCCAACUCAGGUUCCUACCAAGGCGCUCCUUAUCCAAAGAUGCCAAGAGGUUUUUUGACAGUGACACAAGUGUCCUGGAGGUUCCAGUGACAGCGCAGGUAGCAGGCCAGGUGCAGCCUCUCCAUUUCACAGUACAUGCGGUUGUGACCUCCUCAGAACUGCAGUUUGACCAGACCGAGGUGGAUUUUGGCUACUGUUCUAUUUACCAGUCAGUCAAGAGCACCGUGUGCCUUACCAACCUGUCGCUACUGCCUCAGGACUUUGGCUUUUUGAGCAUUCCAGAGUUUAUUGAGGUCCAGCCUAAUGAUGGCUUUGGUACACUGCUCCCACAUGAGAGCUUGGAGAUUGACCUGAUAUUCAGUGCCAACAAAGCCAAAGAGUACAAUUUUCAGCUCAGAUGCAAGUCUGGAAUGAACAGAGAUUUUCUGCUGUCUUGCCGAGCAGUGGGUGUCCACCCUCCACUGGAGCUCUCCCAUUCUCUGGUCCAGUUUGGGGCCACAGCAGUGGGUGAUCACUCCACCGCUAUACUGUACCUGAUCAACAAUCACACCGACUGCAACCAGUCCAAACAACCAGUCACUCCAGUGGUCAAGGAUGCCACGACUCCUAUAUCACCAAGGCUGUUCUGCUUUAACUCACCAGGGGAUUCAAACAUCAGCAUCACUCCGUGCACAGGACGCCUCUUUCCUGGAGAGAGAUGUCUGGUUCAAGUCAUGUUCAGACCCAGAUUGUUGGAGCAGGAGAUCAAAGAAGAAGCACUGCGUCUCCUCCACCGAGCCAGGUUGCUCUUUGAGGAGGAGUUGGAACGGAAUAGACAUGCUGAACAGCAGGCUGAAAAAGACAGCCCAGUGGGGAACAGUAAAGCAAAGAAGGUGUCUGCGAAUGCAAAGAAGGCGUCUGCGAAUGCAAAGAAGGCGUCUGCGAAUCCAAAGAACAGCAAGAGGUCAGACGAGCCAAAGACAGAUAAACCAACUGAACCACCAAAUCCUGCUGACAUACAGCCUGGGUCAGAGCUGUAUGAGGAGGCCAGGGCCUCUCUGCUGUAUUCCUUCACACAGCGCUAUAGUGAGUACACCAUUCCCUGCUUUAUAUCAGACGGAGACCCUCCAGAGGAAGACAAACAAGCUCAGCCCACAUGGAGUCCCUUCAAUACUCUCUAUUUGAAGCUGCAGUGUCCUGCUAUACAGCCCCCUCUAGUGAUAAUAUCCAACAGUGGCCACAAUAUCAUAGAUUUCCAUCAAGUGGCAGUGGGAAAGAAAGUGAUAAAAAGGUUUACAGUUCAGAACAUUUCAAAGGACUCUUUGGAUCUGAGGUCAUCAUUGCUGGAUAUAUUUGGCCCCUUUUCCCUUCUUAAUGCUCUCAGAUGCAUAAGACCUGGAGGUACACACACUCUGGUGAUGGCCUUCUGUCCAGCUCAUGAGAAAAAGUACUGUGAGAAGUUCGAGGUACAUUGCCAGAAAAUGACCCUGGGGAUGACUCUGCGUGGGGAGGGUGUGGUCCUUGCUGUCACUUUGUCCCACCCCGGAGGUCUCCUAGACUUUGGUUAUGUGUUGGAGAAGGAAAGUACCUCCCAGGUCCUGAAGCUGCAGAACAGCUCAGCGGUGGCAAUGGGUUUCAAAGUGCUGUUGGCCAGUCUCUCUCCCUCCAGGCCCCAGGGUGGAGUUGACAGCACUCCCCUCCUGCUGGGCAGCUACAGAGACCCUCAGGUUCGGCCUACUGUGGGAACCCAAAACUACAGUGGGCUGAGUGUGUUCAGUGUGGUGCCAAUAGAGGGCAGCGUUGCUCCAGGACAGAGCCAGGACAUCACCGUCACCUUUCAGCCUGACCACCCAUCUGUCAACUAUUAUGACAAACUCACCAUAGAGCUAACGAAUAAGUGUAAAGUUUGUGUGAUGGAUCUGAAGGGUGCAGCCUCUUCACACAACAUGUAUCUAAAUGGAGGAGACCGUCUAACAGUGCCCAUUGAAUCCCUCCUCCCUCCAUUGAUAACCAGUAAAUCUCAGCUCACAGCAGAAUCAGAAGUGAGCAUCCCUGUGCUGGUGACCCUGCACGCUAGCUACAGCAGGGGUGUUUUAACGCCUGCAGUGAGGGAGCUGCAGGUGGGCUGCAUCCGCUCCACACAGCCCAGUAAGAAGAGCAGUGAGUUUUACUGGGAUAAUGUGGCACCCCUGCAGCAGCAGGGCUUCAGUGUGGAGCCCAUUAAAGGCAGCAUCGAAGCAGGCGACAAAUGCACCAUCACUGUCACAUGGACCCCACAAAGAGGAUACAAACCCUAUGAGGUGGUACAGACUUGUGUGCCUCUCAUCUUGAAGGGAGACAAGACGACUGUUUACAGAGUCACUGUGAUGGCUUCGGUCUCCACUAACUGACCUCUGUGGUACCUGGAUGGUGGCCAGUGGAGAAUCUGCCCACACACACAAUGACACAUGCGAUAUGCUGAAGAGUCAUAUGCAGCCAACAUUAACAAAUGAAUUGUUAAUUUAUAACUUGAAUGUAAUUAUUAAAGGUGGAAAGUAUCAUCUGAGGAUUUAAUUUGAACCAUUCCAUUCAGUGGCUGUAUAGCUGAUGUUAUCUUUUUUUCUUUUUUGCAAGUCAGAUACACACACCUUAUUGUUCAUAACUUCAUCUUAAAGACUUACAAUAUCGCACAUGCUAAAACUAAACAUGAAAUGCUGUUCUCCUAAUUUUGGACUAAAACAAUAACUUAAAAAUGAAAACAAAUGCUAAAUUGGGUUGUGCAUUAUGCAUCAUGAUUAUCUGAGAAUUUUAUAAUAUACGUGCACUGUAUGUUCAACAUCAAAUGGAAUCAUUAAUGCAGUAAGAGAAGCUCAUCACAGUGAACUGAAGUAGUGGUCAGGGUAAUGUAAAAAAGAAAUAUUUGCAAACAAAUAUUGCAUUUAUUUAUGAAUCUGUAUGUCUAGUAACAUGCUUAGCACUGAUAUGACAUGGUUGUAGUCUGAGAACUGAGCGUGUGAUUAGAUGUUGGCACAUUGCGUUCAAAAGUAAGAAUUUAUCAAAUAAGCUUGGUUCUUUGUAUUAAAAAUGUCGCCUAGUGAAAACUGAGCCAAAGCAAUUGUAAAAUGCUGUAUAUGUAUAUGCUGUACCUCUGUUACAGCUAGAAUUAAAAAGAGAGCCCUGGUGAACUAUCAUGCCUUAUUCGUGAGCAAGGCUUUGGCUGUCACAUUUGUGUUGAAAUGAAGUUUCUUUCCAAAAGACUACAUAAAGUUGCUCCCAAAGAAAAGAAAGAGUAACAAGUGUCCUCAUAUUAAAAGUAGUUCUAAACGACUUUUCACCAUUAACACAAUCCUUUUGUGAAAACCGGAAUGAUUAAACCCAGAACACUGCCCAUCAACCCUCUGAAACAC